AUGAUGGAAACAUUGCACGAAACCAAAGACUUGACUCUAAUCACCGAUGAACUCCGUCGACUCUUCGUUAACGAACCCGCUGGCAAAACUGAAAAAGCCGAGAAAACUGAGAACGACGAUUUGAAGAUCAAGUUCCAACAUCAAGAUGACAAAGGGGCCAUCAACCUAAAAAGGCCGCCAAAGUUUGCCGACCUAAGGGAUUACUUCGAGCGACGAUUCAAACGGCCGUUAAAGAUAUAUUACACUACCUCAAGCAAGGAGCUCAUGAUCCAAAUCCGCUCACAACAAGAGUUCGAUCAUGUAGUUGACUUACACGAUCGAAACAAUCGCUGCAAGAGUCGGAUGAGAUUGAUUUUGGCAAAGAAAACCGACCAAGACCAAAUGUAUACAGCACCACCGCCUCAGGGCAUGUACCAUUCAGUACAAGAGUCCAACAUGUCCGAGACGUCUUCAAUAUUUUCUACUGGAUCCACGUCUUAUUCACAUUACGGUAACAGUAGACUAGGUGAAGAGGAAUACAGUCGACUAGGCACUCCAUUGGCGCCGUUACACUGGCGACCGUCAAGGUGCUUAGGUCGCGGUAGCUUCGGCACUGCAUACGUAUGCUUGAAUGUAGAUACGAAUGAACAGUUGGUAGUGAAGAAGAUAUCACUGAACAAUAAUACGAGGCAUAGGAAUCGGAUUCUGGCUUCACUGGAGAAUGAAGUGAACUUGUUGAGUACGAUACGACAUCCUCAUGUAGUACAGUACCAUGGAUGCGAACGGCAACAUGACUUUUUCUACAUUUUCAUGGAAUUCAUGACUGGAGGGACGUUAAAAGAGCAAGUAUGUCAUUUUUUGGUCGUUAUGAGAGGGGGAAACACAAUGCCAAGAAAUGAGAAAAGCCAGCGAAAUUCAAAUUUCAAAAAAAAUUCUGGUAUUUUAAUUAAUAAAAUGGUAAAAGAUGUCUUGGAAAGUCAUUUAAAUUACUUUUACUUUAGCAUUUUACCAUAUUUUUAAUAAUUUCGAGCAAAAAAAUCGAAAUUAUGUUAUGCAUAACCUACUGCAACAUAACAUAAUAUAAAACUCUUUCAGAUAACCGAAUGGGGAGCUUUAAACGAAAACUUUACUGUAGACUUUACAGCCCAACUUUUAAGCGGUUUAUCGUAUCUACAUGGCCGUAAAAUCAUUCACCGUGACAUAAAAUGUGCCAAUAUACUACGACAUACGAAGGCAUUAGUCAAGAUAGCUGACUUUGGGUCUGCAAUGUAUUUACAGGCGAUUUGUAGUGAAAGUGGAGUUGACAUUCAUGGUACACCACAUUAUACGGCACCUGAGAUUGUGCUGAAUACUAGGCGAAGCGAUCAGGCUUCGGAUAUUUGGAGUUUAGGUAAGAUUUGAUAGAUUUUUGGUGGGGUGGAGUAAAUCUUCAUCAAAGAAUUUAAAUUUUCAAUUUAUUUUAAAUAUAAAGCUCUACCUUUUAAAAAUUUUAACGACUUUUCCAAUUUUAGCUUAAAAAUCAAAUUUAAAAGUUUUCGUGGUGGGACCCAAUUUUCAGAAUUUUUUGUUAUUUAAAACAUUUUAUAUUGAAGAGCCUAUAUAUACCAUAAAUUGAAAAACGUAAACUAUCGUUUUUCAACACUAAAUUUAACAUUUUAGGUAUAUGUGUAGUAGAGAUGUUGACCACCAAGACCCCAUGGCACGAUGUAGAUCCAGCAGCCGUUCAUAUAAAGAUAGGAUAUGAGCAGCCCGACCUAAAUCUACCUCCUAAAAUCGGUGCAAAUUUGGAAUCGGCCAUUUUGAAAAUGCUCGACCCUUGCCCGGAAAGUCGCCCAUCGGCCGAACAACUCUUGAAGUUGGCACCUUUCAGCUUGGUGGAGCCUUAG